AUCAUACGCCCUUUUUCAUUCUUCUGCAUUUGGCAUUCGGCGUUGAAGGUCGUGUUCAGACCUUAGGUUAUAGUUUAUUGUUACACUUAAGUCUAUAUUUAGUAAUAAUGGCCAAUAACGAUAAUUUUGCACAAGAUGUUACCGAUAAUCAAGUAAAUGGAAAUGGGGAGAACGGUGGUGGUGAUGGACAGGAACAUAAUAGUGCGGACGCCCCGGGACGCGAUGACGACAGAAAACUUUUUGUUGGGGGCCUGAGCUGGGAAACCACAGACAAGGAAUUACGUGAUCACUUCAGUGCAUAUGGUGAAAUCGAAAGUAUCAAUGUCAAGACAGAUCCGAACACCGGCAGGUCGCGUGGCUUUGCCUUCAUCGUUUUCAAGGCUCCAGAUUCCAUAGAUAAGGUCAUGGCAGCUGGGGACCACACCAUCAACAACAAAAAAGUAGACCCAAAAAAAGCUAAAGCCAGACAUGGAAAAAUAUUUGUGGGUGGGCUCAGCAGUGAAAUCUCAGAUGAUGAAAUCAAGAAUUUCUUCAGUAAUUUUGGAACAGUCAUAGACAUUGAGAUGCCGUUUGACAAAACCAAGAAUCAAAGGAAAGGCUUCUGUUUCAUCACAUUUGAGUCUGAACAGGUUGUCAAUGAACUGCUGAAGACACCCAAGCAGACAAUCGGUGGCAAGGAGGUUGAUGUAAAGAGGGCGACGCCCAAGCCGGACGGCCCCGGGGGUAUGGGUACCCGAGGGGGCCGCGGGGGGCGGGGUGCGCGCGGAGGUCGCGGGGGCCGCGGGGGUUAUGGCGGGCAGGGCACGUGGGGCAACCAGGGCUACGGUGGCUACGGCUACGGUCAGGGAGGAUACGGCGGCGGGUACGACGGCUACGGCUACGGCGGAUACGGAUUUGACGGCUACGGGGGAUACGGCGGAUACGAUUACUCCGGCUACCCCAAUUACGACUACGGCGGGUACGGAGGGUACGAGGGCGGUUACGGCGCACGCGCGGCUCCACGCGGGAAAGUCUCUGAUGAUGUUGCAGCUGGCUACCAAGGUGGUAAGCAGCGCGGCGGGGGCGGCGGCGGUGGUCGCGCCAAUCAAAGGCACCAGCCCUAUUAAUUACAAAACAGUACCUGCCGAAAGUCAUCUCAGUCCAAUAGUAAGGUUAAGUGAUCGGUCAUGCGCGUCCCCCGCGCCCGCGCAGCGCUUCGCGAGCGCCGCGCCGGGGACGCGUCAUUCCAUUCCACAUAAUUAAUUUAAGAAAUCUUUUUAAGAAAAUUUUUAAGGAUAAAAAUAAAAUAGUACGUCAUGUGACUGGGCCGCCGGAGCGGCCGUGCAUUAAAUUAAAAUAAUAUAGUAUGGAUUUAGAUUAACUUGAGUAUUAUUGCUGAUUAGAUUCAAUUUUGACAUUCUUAGUAUCGAAAUCUUACCUCUCAAAGUGAUUGUUAGAGAAAUAAUUAUACAGAGCUUAAAGUUAAGAGUAAAUAGCCGUGUCCGUGUCCCCGUCGGCGUUCGAGGAGCCCCUGUGUGUUUGCGUGUGUGCGAUGUCAGUGUGCGUGUCGCCCUCCACUCUGCGUUGAUUAUUCUGGAUCUCAUUGCAGAAAAUGUUGUAGAUUUGUAAUUUUUAAUUUUGGUAAUCAAACAAGGAAAUCAGAAUCAUGUAUUUUUUACAAACUAGUUGUUUCUUCCACUGAGUAGGGAUGAAAUUAGAUUAAGUACUCGGACAUGAACAAACUUCUUGAGAUAUACGAGUUAUGUAUGUCGAAAUAAACAAAUAUGUAAAUAAAAUGUUGACUUUUU